AUGAUUCUGCCACGCAAGCCUUCGUACUUGAAAGCAAAGUUCAACUUGAAAUGCGAGUCAGGCCUCAACAUGUUCUGCUUGAAAAUCUCCUCCCACUUCGACGAUGACCAAGACUUGGAUGAGGCUGCGGCGCUCCUUAGAGAAGCAUCGACUUUGCGCACAGUCGGUCACCCAGAAAAGCAUCGGCUUUGCGCCGAGGAGGUCACCCAGGUCGGCAUGGCAGUUGAAUUUCAGUGCUAUCAAAUUGCCAGGCUUGAUUAUAGAGCAUAUUCGAGGCGUGUUGGCCCACCACAUUCCAUCGGGCGCGCGGUGGUAGAUAGUCUUCUCCCAGGUUUUCGCAAAUCCCUUGGCAAAUCUCGCAUCUCCCUAUCUGAUACUGUUGUUUCGUAUGAAACGCUGCAAGAUGUGAAUUCCUUCCAACCCUCAAAGUCUGACCCGCCUGGGUGGACGCGGGUGACUUGGAAGGAUGGGAGUGUGCAUCAUAGGGAUGAAGAAGACACAGGAUGGCAUGCUGUACCUGAUAGAUGGCACCGUCGUUCGAAUCCGAUCAUAAUUCCCAUCGCGAGUCGCAGAUAUGAAGUCGUCCGGUGCAGCUGGUGA